AUUUUCAGUGUCUACGAAACACAUAAUUAGCUCAUUUUCUUUUGGUUAAUCUAUAUCAAACCAUUAUUCAUCUUUCUAGUUUAACACCAAAUCAUACUGAAUCAAUUUCUUAAACCAAAUUAAUUUGAAUUUUUGAUUCAUUUUUCAGUUUGUCUUGAACUUCCCCUCUCUCUUUACUUAUUUCCAACAGCAUCUCCUCUCAAAGUGUCACUACGUCCACAGAAUCAGUUAAAGGUUUUAGUUGGAGCAGUUGAAUAGUGAUGUUUCUUCGCCGAGCUGUAUCAACAACAUUACCUUUAUCAAGAAGGUUAUUCAGUAAUAAUGGUAGUCAUGAUAUUUCCAAAGCUAUUUCAGAGCUCAAUCAGGAAAUGGAAUCUGUUUUUGGUGAACCUCCUCCAUCUAGCCUUUCAGGUUCCAUAGACAAUCAAAGUAUGGCACGAGACUUGAAUCUUAGUACUGCAGAAAUGGAUGGUAAAGAAUCUUUCGCUGGAUUGACACAUAUUGGCAGCAAAGGUGAAGCUCAAAUGGUGGAUGUAUCUCUUAAAGAUAUUAGCAAGAGAGUGGCCAUUGCACGUGGCAAGGUUAUUUUAGGACGGAAGGUGUUUGAUCUUGUUUCAGCCAAUCAAAUGGGAAAAGGUGAUGUCCUGAGUGUGGCAAAAUUAGCUGGCAUUUGCGGAGCGAAGCAAACAAGCAAUCUCAUCCCACUAUGUCACAACAUCAACUUGACGCAUGUUCGAGUGGACUUGGCUUUGAACCCUCAAGAUUUUAGUGUUGAAAUAGAAGGGGAAGCUGCCUCGGAUGGAAAAACGGGUGUAGAGAUGGAAGCCUUGACAGCUGUGACCGUUGCUGGUCUAACAGUGUAUGACAUGUGCAAGGCUGCUUCGAAGAAUAUCCAGAUUACAGAUAUCAGGCUUGAACGUAAAACUGGAGGUAAAAGUGGGGACUGGUCCAGGGGCAAAUGAUCACAAUCUAAAGAUGUGAUACGGCAAGUGCAUUAAGGGCAUGCAAGUCAGUGCAUAUGGAAUAUGAUGUAUGCCCCUUCCAUCGAAUGUUCCUUUCCUAUAGAAUGUGAUAAUUCUGCAUUAUGAAAUAAGUAGAUAGCUAGCGAAAAUGAUACUUCUGUAGUUGAUUCAAACAGGAUGAGUUAAGUGUACGACAUUUUUUUGAGAAAGUUUUCCUUGAAUUCCUACC